AUGCCUAUGCAGAUGCCUCUCUGGCUCUCAGUAGCUGAGGUGAACGAGCUCACAGCCGAUCACUUCAAACAGCAGGUUUGCUCCUACUGGAACCGAUUACUCAUCCGCGGAUGGAUGAUCCGCUCAUUCAACAACUUCAUGUUCUACUGGACUGAAGUCGCCCGGCUAGGUCUAGACCUCGGACAAAUGCUGGUUGCAAAACUCGAAGCCACGGGAGCGGCGGUCGAUGCAAUGAACCUGUCUUGA